GUGUCGGUCAUGAAUAGCUGAUUCUCGCUCAGUAGCAGCACACAUCUAAAGGGUGAAGACUGAAUAACGGACGAGAACAGUGGAAAAGAAGGAGAGAAAAUAGUGGAACGUCUCCGACCGCGUGGAUUAAGACAAACAGAGCAGAACCAAGAGUGAAAGACGAGAAGGUCCCAGGGAGGAAUCAUCUGGGACACUGUCUGGAAACUUUAGAAAAAGAGACAGUGAUCUAUUUUAAAGAGCUUUUUAUCAGACAGAGGAGAGCCGAGGAGGAGACCGCAUUCAAAGUCCUGAAGGAUAUAAAGUGAAAGUCGGGCACGGGUUUACUGGAAUACAGAUUCAUAUCAUAAACAACUGGCAGCAGUUACGGUGUUUCCAAACAUGGAGCUGAAGCGGGCACUUCUUCUUUUGGCUCUGUUCCUGGAGUUUAGUGACUCUCAUAAAUGUGACAUUGGACACGAUAGAAGAAACAACAGCUGUAUUGAUACAGAUGAGUGUGUGAUGAUUCCAGAUGUGUGUGGAGCACACGCUCAGUGUUUUAAUACACAUGGAAGUUACUACUGCACCUGCAAUGAAGGCUUUCAGUCAAAAACAGCCAACUUCACAGCAAUAACGGGAGAGUGCGAGGAUAUCAAUGAGUGUUUCAUGAACACACAUGGAUGCUCAGAUGAUAAGGUGUGUAUGAACACUGUAGGCUCCUACGAAUGCAGGUGUAGAAAUGGAUACCGGCUCACAAGAACGGACGCAGGAUGUGAAGAUGUGGAUGAGUGUUUGUCCUCGGUGUGCGGAGUUCACAGCGUCUGUUUAAACACACCAGGCAGUUUCUUCUGCAACUGUUCUUCUGGGUUUCACAAACAUGAGAACGACUCGUGUACAGACAUCAAUGAGUGUAUAAAUCCAGAUGUUUGUGGCAGAAACGCACAGUGCAACAAUACUUUCGGCAGCUACACCUGCAAAUGUGACCAGGGUUACAGUAACUACGGCAACAACCAGUCAGAAUGCAUCGAGAUGAGCUGCGACCUCUUUGAGUCUGACGCAGAGUCGCCUGGAAAGUUGAAGAACUUACUGGAGCUGUUGAGGAGCAGCUGUGAGUCUCUGCACGGUCCAGACGGUCACGGUCUGACGGGAGAGCAGUUACUGGAGAAUGUGUUCACCACCACCGACGAGCUGCUGUUGGAUGGAAAGAUUGCUGGCGGCGAGAUGUUGAGUCAGUUUCUGGACGCGGUGGAGAACAGCAUGCGUCUGAUCGGACCUCAGCUGAGAGAACCUGUGACCAGGAUGGAGACGCACAACACCUUCGCUGAGGUUGCAGUCGCACGGAAUCAGACUCCGCCCAGUGGGCAUGUCACUCUGAGUGCAGGCUCCGCCCACUUUGAAACCAGCUGGGAAACAGUUGUAGGGAAAUCAUAUCCAGGUUUUGCGUUUGUGGCUCUGGUCGGUUAUAAAGAUUUGAACACAAGUGGUCUGCUCCAUAAUGUCAACAGUGAGAAACCAGACGAUGAAGAGAGAAGCGUCACUUAUCAGCUCAACUCUGAAGUGGUGACGGCUGUCGUCAGUAACACAGAAACCAAACAUCUGUCAGAGCCGGUGACGCUCGUCUUUACACACGUGGAGGACAGGGCGGAGUCUGGGGGCGUGGCUUACUCCUGUGUGUACUGGAAUGAGUAUGAGGGGGCGUGGUCUAAUGAGGGCUGUGUGAGGGCGGAGUCUAACAGCACUCACACAGUGUGCUCCUGCUCUCAUCUCAGUAGCUUUGCUGUGCUGAUGGCUCUCUAUCCUCUCCAGGACUCGUUUGAGUUGGUGUUGAUCACUCGUGUGGGUUUAGUUCUGUCUCUGGUCUGUUUGUUUCUCUGUAUCUUGACGUUCAAGUUCUGCCGCUCCAUUAAAGGAACCCGGACCAGCAUCCACCUCCAUCUGAGCAUCUGUCUCUUCAUCGCAGACCUCGUCUUCCUCUGUGGGAUCUCCAGCACCCAGAAUAAAGUAGGGUGUGGGAUUGUGGCCGGUCUGCUUCAUUUCUUCUUCUUGUCUGCGUUCUGCUGGAUGCUGCUGGAGGGGGUUCAGCUCUACAGGAUGGUUGUGCUGGUGUUUCACACCACAUUAAAACAUCUCUACAUGUGUUUGGUGGGAUACGGAGUCCCUCUCGUCAUCGUCAUCAUCUCUGCCAUCUCCUUCUCAAAGGGAUACGGCACCGAUAGACACUGUUGGCUUUCUCUUGACGGUUCUUUCAUAUGGAGCUUCUUUGCGCCAGUCUGCAUCAUCGUCAUCCUUAACAGCUUUGUCUUCAUCAUCACAGUCUGGAAACUGGCUGAAAAGUUUGCCAGCCUCAAUCCAGACCUCUCCAAACUCCGCAACAUCAGGGGGUUUACGGUGACCGCCGUGGCUCAGAUGUGUGUUCUUGGAGGGAUGUGGGUUUUCGGCUGCUUCCUCUUCCAGGAAGAAGGAACUCAAGUUGCGUUGUACCUCUUCACCAUCUUAAACAGCCUCCAGGGGGCGCUCAUCUUCUUCAUGCACUGCCUCCUGUCCAAACCGGUCAGAGAAGAGUACUGCAAGCUGAUUACUAGGAUCUGCUCACGGAAGGAGAAGAAAUAUUCAGAAUUCAGCACCAAUCAGUCCAGCAACAGUCAGCAACCUCUACGGAGCAAUCAGACCACAGGAGAGUCCAAGAUAUAGAGCGGCGGUCAGUCCUGGAGGAUCCUUCUAGAUGUUUGACCUUUACAGAUGUCUUACAGAGCUUUUAUCCUGCGGCACAAGGGACUCCUCGCCAUCGAAGGAUCUGCGACUGCUUUCUUUCUCUCUGUUAAGCAAGAAUUUCAGGUCUCGACUCAUCACACGACCUAGAUGCAAAGCAUAUUGGCUAAAACAGAUCAAUCAAUUACAGCUGUAGUGCCGUUUUCUUUGUUUAAUGGACUUUGGAGGCACUUCGGCUGUUCUUUAUCGUGCCUUUAGGUGGAAAACGUCUUAUAUUACAUGUAAAAGGCAGCUUUUAUUUGCUUAUAUGUGAAAAUGUUGUGAAGAUAUCUGAAGAACUCACCUCCGAUCUGCCUUACGAAAGAGGUUGUGUUCUCUGAAGCCUUUUAGUCGAUUAUCAAUCACAAAACAUUGUGUUUUUAUAAUCUGCACUUACAUGCCACUUUACGUCUUUAAGCUGUUUGGAAAGAGAUGAGAGGUACUUGAUUCAUAAAGAUAUUUUAAUCGUGCCAGCCACAGAGCAGGUGACAAAUACAGCGUAACAAAUGAAAAUACCGUUCCUGAUACUAUAAUAUCACAGAGAGAUAAACAGAUUUAGCAUUUGUCCAAUUAGUUUUCACAGAUGGAUGCAAAUAAACAGCGAAAUGCACCUUUAGAUUGAUCUUCCUGAAACCCUGAGUAUACUUUGGUUUUUACACAAAAAGCUUUGAGGGAGAACAGAACCAAUUGCAUUGCAAAAUGAUUCAGUGUUUAGAAGCGCAAGAAACAGCUGGUCAGUACAGCGUAAACGCAACGGAAACCCAGGCCAAACAAACAUUGCAAAGACAAAUGAGAUUAACCAAUCACCUAAUAAACAAAACCAAUAAAAGAUGAUAAACUGCUAUUUUUCCUUGCAAUUUCAUAAACGUCAUAGACACAAGUUCAGUGGCUCUGAAUCGGAAACCACCGAAAUGUCUAAAUAUUUAGAUGUGAAAUCAUGUAACUCUGGCAGUCUGGUACUCGCUCUGAACCGCUGUGUCCAAACAAAUGAACAAAACGUUUCAAUAAUUUAUUGAGCAGUAUUUCUAAAGAGGCCAUAAAAACUCUUCUUCAGAGAAGAUUCACACAAUCUUCUGCGUUCAGUUUUAAAGAGUAUACACAAGUUUUUUGGUCAUCUGGGGCCUCAUUUAUAAAGCGUGUGUACGCUCCCAUUUGACCGUAGAGUGCUGUACGCUUAAAUCCCUAAAUCAUAUUUAUGAAAAACCUUUUUUCUCAGAACGAAAGCAUAGUUCGGGCUUUAGUUUUGAGAACAAUGUGAUUUUGUAAGAAGACAAAUCGAAUGCAAACGUUUUAAACUCCUUGCUUCUGCGAUGCAUUUGUUCUGACUAUCUCUCUAUUGUAUGUGUAAUGAAAUAUGAUAAGACACAAAUGUUUUAUUUUACACAUAGGUUUUGUAUCUUUUGUAGAAAAGGUUUUUUGCUGUUACUUUUGUACUUGAAAUAAGGGUAAAUUUUGGCCCUGAUGUGGUACUGCUAUGUUUUUCAACAAAUAUUAAAUUACUGCUAAGAGAA